AUGUUAUCACCAUCACAAAAACAAGAUAAGAUCGUAAGGAGCACAGAUUUAGAUGCCUUGAGUUGUAGAUGGAAUUGCGUACAGAAGGGAUAUUUUGAAGAUGUGAACAUUGACAAGAUCAUCAAUUCCUACCUGAAAUACCUACAAUUUUGUGAAGGUUACACUAAUCUAUCUGCUGGAAGAACUUAUAAAUCAGUUUUCGAUAGAAAACUUCCUAUUAUAAACAGAGGUACUUACUUACGUACAAAGAGUAUUAGUGACAUAAUCGGUAAGUUCAUAAAUGAUAACGAAAAGUGUCAAAUUGUGUCCAUGGGUGUAGGUAGUGAUACAAGAGUCUUUAAGUUGAUAAACCCCAAUAUAAAUUAUAUUGAAUUAGACUUCGAAGAGACAACUAGAAUCAAGAAAUUGACCAUAAUCAACGAUUCUGAGUUGAGUAAAGCUGUCAAUUACUCUGGUUUGGGUGCCACAGUAGCAGACAGGCUGCAAUUUCAAACCUUAGAUCCUAACUUGCACACAGAUAAUUACCAUUUGAUUGGUCUUGAUUUAAGAAGAUUGAGCGACUCCAAUAUUGUCAGCGAGUUUCUUGAUUCUAAAAGACCAACUUUGGUUUUAAGUGAAUGUGUUUUGUGUUACUUGAAUCCGGGGGAAAAUGAAAAGAUAUUGAAAUUUUGGACUGACUCAAUUUCGAACCUAAGUUUAUUGAUUUAUGAACCAAUCUCCUUGAAUGACUCCUUUGGUCAGCAAAUGAGGGAAAACCUAGGACGUAGAGGUAUCAAUCUCUUGACUUUUAAUCAUUUUCCGACCUUGAAAUCAAAGUUUGACUUUUUGAAGAGUCUAAAUUUUCAAGAUAUCAAUGUAACUGACAUAGCCAGCAUAGGAGGAUAUUCCGGCGAUGAACUCAGUUGGAUUAGUGCAGAGGAGCUGAAGAGAAUAGAUAAAUUGGAUCUCAUAGAUGAAAUCGAAGAAAUAAAAUUACUUCUAUUGCAUUACUGUUUGGUCUACGGAGGGAUAGGGAAACAUACCAAUUUAUCCAAGAAAUGGAAGUUAUCGACUUAA